AUGCAGAGUGUCCCAGGGUGCUCCGCCGACGUGCAGUACCGAGUUGCCAAGCCUGUCAACAGAAGAGAAUUGGCUGCUCUCGCCAGCGCCCGCAAUGCAAAGAAUACUCCCAACAAUUUGAAAACACACACAGAGUUGCUAGCCUAUAGUCUUGGCGCUGGCAAUUUCUCACCAGGCUCGAAUACCGAUAGCAUCGACUCGGGCAUUUCGAUGGCAAGCCGUUCCACUCUAAAGUCCGGAAGCGAGUUAUUCGAGGCCUCUCCUACGACAGAUUUUGUGGACGACAACUUUUUCUUUGUGGGUGACAUGAGAAUGCAGGAAGACAAUAAUAUGUGGCUCAACCUGAGCGCCUUUGGUGAAGCCUCGCCCCAAUCGUCCGAGGUGCUGCCAUCUUCACCAGAAUGUCAAGCUGUUCAAAGCUGCUCGGCCAGUCUGAGCACGGAAACAAGUCCGUUGCAGAUAUACCCUGCAUAUGUGACUGUUCAAGAUUGCUACCAUGGCGAAAAGAUUGAUCAAUUGCUUUGCGAAGUUAUGGGACAUCAAUGGCCUGUAGUAACAUCAUAUGGACCAGCAUCUGUGACCGAUGCCUUGUCAGUUUUACGAGACGCCCUCAACCAGCUCGACAUUUUGAGCAACUGCGCAAUCUGCAUGUCAUCAUGCAAGUCCAUGUCGCUGAUUCGUGUGAUUACGAAAGCCGUAUCCGGUCAUAUCACAUCUCUUUGUGACAGCUCCAACACAUUUGACGAGGUGGCGAUGCAUCUGGGCACGUACUCUGCAGACUCGGCCGAGGAGUGCCAUUUUGUGUACACACAAAUUAUGCGACGGCAUGUGAAGAGAUUUGCCGACGUUGCUGACUCGUUUGCAAGAGACGCGCAACGUGCAGGCUGGCUGGUACACGUCUUGUCACUACAAGGCGUAGCGGCAGAGGCGCGCACCCUCGCACAUUCAGAGUUUGGUAGUAUGUAG